AUGAUGCCAAACUAUCAUAGACCACAACAACAACAACAACAACAACAACAACAACAACAACAACAGCAACAGGAUGAAUUGACAUUGUGCAAGAUGGAGUUGGCAGAGGUGCGCACAAGAUACCUCAAGUUGAUGGAGAACUUUGGUGCAUUGUCUGAGAGAUACACAAAGGAUACAAAUGCUCUGACAAAGGCCAAUGCCUCACUCACUGCCAUGCACGACGAGCAGGUGCGAGAGUUUGCCUACACAUCUGCCGAGUUGAUACAUACACGCAAUGCCAAUCAAGUCACUGAGCAAACGUUGCGUGACAUUGCCCGAACAUGCAUUGACUUGGGACUGGUCGGUCGCGUAUCCCUCGACGACCUGGUCGGCAUGGACGCGGUGGUCGGCGAGCUCAAUCUCAUGGUGAAACACAUCGCACAGCAGCAUCAAUCAUGCAUCGAACAGGAGCACUAUGAUCAGCUUGACAGCCAGGUGGCAAACCUUCACACACAGCUACAUGAGAGCGACACCAAGCAGCGACGAAUGGCUGAGGAGAAGGAGGAUCUGGCACUGCAGCUGGAGAAGGCAAACAGCGACAUCUUCAAGAUGCACAUGGAUACACAAAGCAAGACGGCCAAGAUGCGCGUCGAUCAACAGCGCAUUGCAGAGCUCGAGAAGGAGCUGGCAAAGAAACAGGAGCUGCUGGAGCGCACCGACCUCAGGCUUAACAGCGUGCGCGCACAGUUGGAUCAGUCGCGCGGCAGCAACGACGACGAUGGCGAGGAGAUCAAGGCCUCAAUCGAGGAGAUUGAAGCACGCCUCGCCACUUUGACCACCAAGCACGAGGAACAGGACGCUGAACAACGCGAACAGAUCACAAAGCUGGAGCGUGAAUGUCAGCGCGCACUGGACUCGGAGAAAAAGCUCAGCUCGCAGGUCCAGCUUCAUCGCACGCGCAUCAACGAGCUGGGCGGCCAGAAGGAGCAGGUCGAGCGCAGGCUGGCGCUGUGGGAGGAGUUUGGUAGCGAGAUCAUGGCCAAGAUCAGCAAGUACUAUGUGAGUGCCACGUACACCAAUCCUUAUCCGCUCGAGUCGCUGCGCGUGGAGUUUGGACGAUUCAUUGGCGAUCUGCGACAGGACAUCAACGAUCACAACAACCUGGCGGAUCUUCGACUCAUGCAGAUGAACAAGAUAGUACGAACGAUGUGGGAGGCUCUCAGCCUGCCCAACUCGCCACUCCUCUCCAACCUGCUCUCAAUCGAUCGCAAACUAUUUGAAGAGAGUCUUCAACAUCUUCGUACACUGAUCAACACGACUCUUGCACAUGCACAUACUCAAAGGCAGCGAUGA